GCCGUCCCCUCCCCUCCCCCUCCUCCAACCAGACUUCUGCCCUGGCCCCGCGGCUGCCCAGCUCCCCCCACUCCAUUUGUCCUUCCUGUACUUGGCCUGCCCCCUGGUUUGGUGACCUUGCCUUGUAGAAGGGAUCCUUGGAGAUCUUCUGUAUUUCGCACGGAGAAUGGGUCUGUGUGGUCUCCCCAGACUGCUUUGGCAAUCCAGGAUGUAAAAGUCACAUGGUCGUAGUUCUGCACCGUGCCAAAGAUGGGCCAGUUGUCGCAACCAGGACCCUAGUCAAAAUAUCUUCAUGCCUAUUAGGAGAUACGUGAUUUCUAUCAUCAGUCACUCAGGAAGUGCCACCUAUGAGUCAGGUCCACAGAAAUCCUCAGAAUAUUAGGAAAGAUGAUAAUUCUGGUUUUGAUUUUUGAUGCUCUUCGAAUGUCUGUCUCUACAGUGAAUAUAGCCAAGCAACUUUUACAUUCAUUUGGAAACUGAAAAUUUUGAGAAAAUGAGACUGAAGAUAUCACUUCUAAGAGAACCAAAACAUCAAGAAUUAGUAAGCUGUGUAGGCUGGACCAAUGCUGAAGAGCUGUAUUCCUGUAGUGACGAUCACCAGAUAGUCAAAUGGAACUUGUUAACAAGUGAGACCAGCCUGAUCGUCAAGCUCCCAGAUGACAUUUACCCCAUUGAUCUUCACUGGUUCCCAAAGAGCAUCGGUCUGAAGAAGCAGACGCAGGCUGAGAGCUUUGUCCUCACCAGUUCUGAUGGGAAAUUUCACCUGAUCUCGAAAUUAGGAAGAGUGGAAAAAAGUGUAGAAGCUCAUUGUGGAGCCGUACUUGCAGGGAGAUGGAAUUAUGAAGGAACAGCAUUGAUUACAGUCGGUGAAGAUGGACAAGUGAAAAUUUGGUCAAAGAGUGGGAUGUUAAGAUCUAUUUUAGCUCAGCAGGGCACACCGGUCUACUCGGUAGCAUGGGGCCCUGAUUCAGAAAAGGUCCUUUAUACAGCAGGGAAGCAGCUAAUUAUUAAGCCUCUUCAGCCAAAUGCUAAAAUUUUACAGUGGAAGGCUCAUGAUGGAAUUAUUUUGAAAGUGGAUUGGAACUCAGUCAAUGACCUGAUCUUGUCUGCUGGUGAAGACUGUAAAUAUAAGGUGUGGGAUAGUUAUGGCCGUCUGUUCUACAGCUCACAGCCUCAUGAGCAUCCUAUUACCUCAGUUGCCUGGGCUCCGGAUGGAGAAUUAUUUGCUGUGGGAUCAUUCCAUACUUUACGCUUGUGUGAUAAAACAGGGUGGUCAUAUGCUUUAGAGAAGCCGAAUACUGGCAGCAUAUUUAAUAUUGCUUGGUCGAUCGAUGGCACUCAGAUGGCCGGAGCUUGUGGAAAUGGACAAGUCGUGUUUGCUCAUGUGGUGGAGCAGCGUUGGGAGUGGAAGAACUUUGAAGUGACCUUAACCAAAAGAAGGACCAUGCAAGUUCGGAAUGUUCUUAAUGAUGCAGUGGAUUUAUUGGAAUUCCGUGACAGGGUCAUCAAAGCAUCUCUGAACUAUGGACACUUAGUUGUUUCAACAUCUCUUCAAUGUUAUGUGUUCUCUACAAAGAACUGGAAUACACCACUUAUAUUUGACCUGAAAGAAGGAACUGUUAGCUUAAUUCUGCAGGCUGAAAGGCAUUUUCUUCUUGUAGAUGGAGGGGGCAUCUACUUAUAUUCUUAUGAAGGACGAUUCAUUUCCUCUCCAAAAUUUCCAGGGAUGAGAACAGAUAUUCUGAAUGCCCAGAUGGUAUCUUUAAGUAAUGAUACCAUAGCAAUAAAAGACAAAGCUGAUGAGAAAAUUAUCUUCUUAUUUGAAGCAUCAUCAGGAAAACCGCUAGGUGAUGGAAAAAUUCUUUCACAUAAGAAUGAAAUCUUGGAAAUUGCUGUGGAUCAAAAAGGACUGACCAGUGAAAGAAAAAUUGCUUUUAUUGACAAAAAUAGAGAUCUUUAUAUCACUUCAGUUAAACGAUUCGGGAAGGAAGAACAAAUUAUUAAACUUGGUACGAUGGUGCAUACUUUGGCAUGGUGUGACACGUCCAAUAUCCUUUGUGGACUUCAAGAUACUCGUUUCACAGUUUGGUAUUAUCCCAACACGGUUUAUGUUGAUCGAGAUAUUUUGCCCAAAACAUUGUUUGAAAGGGAUGCAAGUGAAUUCAGUAAAAAUCCCCACAUUGUGAGUUUUGUUGGAAAUCAGGUAACCAUAAGAAGAGCAGAUGGCUCUCUGGUUCACAUCAGCAUAUCACCUUAUCCUGCUAUUCUUCAUGAGUACGUUAGCAGUUCAAAAUGGGAAGAUGCUGUAAGACUGUGCCGCUUUGUUAAGGAGCAGACAAUGUGGGCUUGCCUGGCUGCCAUGGCAGUGGCCAAUAGAGAUAUGACGACUGCAGAAAUAGCCUAUGCAUCCAUUGGGGAAAUCGACAAGGUGCAGUACAUCAAUUCCAUCAAAGACCUUCCAUCCAAAGAGUCCAAGAUGGCUCACAUGCUGAUGUUUAGUGGCAACAUCCAGGAGGCUGAGAUGGUCCUCCUUCAGGCAGGCCUCAUUUACCAGGCUAUCCAGAUCAACAUCGAUCUUUACAACUGGGAAAGGGCCCUUGAGUUGGCUGUAAAGCACAAGACACACGUGGACACGGUUCUUGCAUACCGGCAAAAGUUUUUGGAAACGUUUGGUAAACAGGAAACUAAUAAGCGAUAUUUACAGUAUGCAGAAGGGCUCCAGGUAGACUGGGACAAAAUCAAAGCCAAGAUCGAGAUGGAGAUCACUAAAGAACGGGAACGGUCCUCCAGCAUCACUGGCAAAAACCUGAUGGGCAAUGAAGCUAAGUCAGGGAAGAGGCACUUCUGUGGAUCCCGACAGUGGCAGGAAACGAUUUUCUGAGACACCUAUGAGGGCCAUUUCGUCGGUGGAGAGUUUCCACACACAGAAAGACUUUUUUUUUUUUAAUGUGAUGUAGGCCUCCAACCAAGGUGCUGUUGUAUUAUUGAUAGUGGUUCCUUUAAAAAGCAACUGAUCAUGACUAAUGGCUCCCUCAUUUAGCACACGAAAAGCAAGAAUUGAUGCUGAGGCUUGUGGGACACACAUAACUCCCGGGCACAAAUGGGAAGCAAUUAGGUCUCCAUUCCAAAAGGCUGAGCGGCCUGUGACAGUAAGGGAAAAUGACACCAGGAGGCAUUUGAGAGGCUCAUGCCGUUUGGAGUUAUCGCAUCAGGGGAAUAUUCUCUUCUGUGAAAAGGAAGGGCUGAAAUGAAAACUGGACUCAUUAUUAAACUUGCAUUCCUAGAAGCAGGAAAUUAAGCCAUAGAACCAGGUUUGAAUAAUAAGCUCUGUUCCUCCUGGCAGCAAGCAGGGUGCAGACUAAAGGGUGCUUGUCUCUGGAUUGGGAAAUGAGGGUUCAAGCCUAGACUAGGUUGCUUUCUACCUGUGUGAUCUCAGAGCAAGUCCUUCUCACUCUAAAUCUAUAAUCCUUUCUGAGUGACGUUGGGUAAGCCAUUUCACCCUCCGGGCCUCAGUUUCCCUAUCGGUAAAAUGAGUGGCUCAAGCUAGAUGUUCCCUAAGGAUCUUUUCAGAUCCCAAAUCCUGUGACAGUCUUCCAGCUGUCCCAGUUUCAUACUGGCUCCACAUCACACAGUAUCCUACCCCUCUGUCUGGAUCUGCCUUUCUCCCUUCCUUAUUUCAUUUCCUGCAUACUGUUUCCCUUUCCCCACCCUCCCACCCCCAUUAUAUACUUCCAGAGUUAACAGCCAUGUUUUGAAGUUGGGGUUUGGACUCUGGAAAGGACAAGCCACUGCUCCCAAUGUUACAGCAUCUGACUGGGAUAGAUUUCCUUCUCAGGGCCCCAUUCUCUUCAAAUGCAUUUGCUCUGGGCACAAGAAUUUAUAGUUAUGUGAAUGUAACUAUUCUGCGGAGCCUGUGCUUAGAAUACCCUCUAUCUGUCUCGCUACCUGCUGAAUUCCUAUCCAGUCUUUUAAGUUCAGGUAACAUUGUAACCUGCUUUAUUAAGUUUUCCCUAACCCUCCACCUGCUGAAAACCUUUCUCUUCUCUCUGCUUGAACUGCACAAACUUUUUGCUUAAACCUGUCUGGUGCAUUCAUAUUAUAGUUAUUUGUGUAUGUGCCCAGUUGAUUGUAAGCACCAUUUGUAUAGGGUGACAUCUUCUAUAAACAUUGUACAAGCCCUCCACUCUCACCCCCACAUCUACCACAGUUGUCCCGACUCAGUAGAAGUUAAUAAGUACUCAAUUCAGUUGAGUUUUGUGAAACUUCUAAAUAGAUUACGGCAGCAUAAGAUAAAAUUAUGUAAUAAAUAUAUUGAUUUAUGAUCAUUGUACUGGCCUCAUUUCAAUUUUAUUACUUGUGUAAGCAAGACCAUAAGAGGAAAUUUUAUUUUACCUUUCAUUUACACUAUUUUGUCCUUUACCUUUCC